ACUACAGGCGUAGCUUCGGCCUUUAACUUGUAAUAAAACAGGGGACUUAUUUCAAUUAUAUUCUUAGAUAGGUAUACACAUUGGGUAUACACUACACCAUACAAAAUAACAUUGACAGCAAAGGGCUUUUCUUGGGGUAUUUGCAUUUAGGGCUAUUUAGGGAUAUUUUAUCGUGACUUUGGGCUAUUUUUUUUAGGAGUUUGGUAGCCCUGGGUCAUGGUCCGUUUGUCAAAAUGUCAACGUCGUCAUGGAAACAUAUUUUGUGCGGCACUUUUGUUUUGUCAAUAAGAAGAAAGGAUUGAAAGACGUAAACUUUGCACGUAAAUUAUUUGAAACAUGACUACUACAAAACGUAGAUUACAAGAUGAUGUUAGAGGCCUGUUGGAGCCUCAUAUAUCUGCAUUGCAAAGCGAAUCAAAAUUGACUCGUAAGCAUGCGCUGGUGAAGAUAAAUGAAGAAAUAUUCGAGAAUGCUCUAAACGAAGAUUGUGACCUUACCAUAGUAUUCCCAGAAAUCUAUGCAUAUGUCCUUAAAAGUUUUUCUGAUCCAUCCGAAGCUGGUCGGGAAGUAUCUGCGCAGAUAAUUUCAAAUUUUAUAGAAAAACUGCCCCUUAAUGACUACUAUUUAACUUAUAUAGUGCCCGUGCUCGUGCGCCGUAUAGGAUGUCCGGAAAUCGUCGAAGAUUCAGAGGAAAUUCGUUUGAUUCUAAUGGAACUAGUGCAUAAAAUUAUAGAGAAGUAUAAAGUCACUCAUCUUUUAAGUCCAUUUCUGAAUGAUUUGACUAGCAUCCUGUCUAAAACAAGUACAGAUCCAUUUCACAAAGUGAAGCUUGAAGCUUGUGAAUGUAUAAUUUUGCUGACAAAAGUGUUGCAAAGAGAUUUCCACUUCCAAUCAGAGAGCUACGUAAAGCCUGUUUUGUCUAACUUUCCUCACCAACAUUAUAGAGUUCGUGUUGCAGCUAUCAGAGCUAUAGGUGCAAUAGUGCUAGCAGGGAGUGCAAAAUGUUUUGAGCUCUCAAUCACUCCAAUGGCUGGGAAGUUAUUUGAUGAGAACACUCAGGUACGCCUGCAGGUAACACUUGAAGUGGGCAACUGGAUGCUUAACUAUAAAGACAGAUAUUCAUUCUGGCAUAGGAUGCUACCUCUUUUGCUGACAAGUCUAAGUGAUGCAAUAGCAGAUGUAAGACAAACUGCAACCAAGUUAUGGACAGAUAUAGGCUUGCAGUACAUGGAAGAAAAUGAGGAAGACCUUAAAAAGAAAACUGAUUUCUUAAAAGACAUACCCUCUCAUUACCCUGAUGUCAACCGACCUAAUCUUGGAUGCAGAGUUUUAGUCCAAAGCAAUAUUGGAAAAAUAGUUCCAGCUAUUGGAAAAGAAAUGGAUGGAUGGCAAGCGGACGCCCGUCUCCGCGUGUCGCAGCUGCUGUGUUGGCUGAUACUGUGCGCGGAGGAGGGCUGUACGCAGCACGCGAAUACCAUUGUACGCACCAUGCUGCGAGGCGCCGCUGAUGAGGACUGCCGCGUCGUGCUCGAGAUCAAACGCGCUGCUGAGCUAUUCGGGUACUUCAUCACCCCGGAGACGUGGUGGCCGCUACUGGAGGCGGACGUGGACGCGUGGUGUGCGUUGCUCGUGCUCGCCAACAUCAUUAAGGGCUCGCGCGGUGAACUCGUCGCGCAGAAAGCAUUGCCGGAGAUUUGUAAAGAGCUGGCAGAUCCUGACCGCUGUACCGUGAGAAAGCCGAAGUACCAAACGCACUUGCUGCAAGUGUGCGAGGCGCUGAUGGACUUGUGCGGCGAGGCGUGCGCUGCGGUCGCUGAUCACUUAUUCACGAUCAAUUUCACCGUUUUUGCGAUGCCUGUCGAUGAUCAGAUACAGAUGAUGGCAUUGUCGAAUCUGGACAAGUUACGUGAGGUAGAGAAGUGCGGGCGCACGCUGACGUCGCUGUACGCGCGACACGUGCGCGGCGUGCUGGCGCGCAUCACGAGCGACGCGCUCGGCUGGACGCUGCUCGCGCCCGACCGCUGUCUGCUCGAGUGCGUGCUGACGCAUGCAGGGUCAGCAAUGGGUGCCCAACUUCAUCUAAUAGCUCCUCUGUUGAAAGAGUGUUUGGCAACUCCUAAAGUAGAUCCUGAAGUGAAGUUAAAAAUAUUCACUACGUUAUCCACGGUGCUCUUGAAACGGGAGGAGAACUUCAGGAAAUGUGAAUAUGAUAAACUCGAGGCAUUCCUUAAAAUUGUUAUUGAAGAGGUGAUAAUGCCGAAUCUAGUGUGGUCGGCGGGCCGCACCGCGGAGGCGAUCCGCACGGCGGCCAUCGCGUGCCUCUGUUCCGCGCUGCAAGAGAACCCGCUGGAAGAGCCGCUCAACUCGGACAAGGGUGGCGAUGGCGACCACAACGAUAAGCAAGUGAACCUGUUUCCGAGCAAGGAGUCGCUGGAGCCGUUCCUGGAGCAGAUGGUGCCGCUGGUGGCGGGGCUGGUGGACGACAACUCAGUGCUGAGCCGCCAGCACGCGUUGCGGGCUGUUUGUUGCCUGGCCGCUCUCGCCGGCCGCCGCGGCUGCUUCACUGCGGAUAUACUGCAUAAGUUGUACUUUGUGGUGUUGAAACGGCUGGACGACAGCAGCGACAAGGUUCGUUCAUACGCGGCGCAGACGCUGUGCGCGCUGUUCGCGCAGCGGCCACGGCCCUACGACACCGUGGUGUACGGCGCGCACGUCGACGCGCUCUACGGCGCCAUGCUCAUACACCUCGACGAUGCUGACGAGGCGUUCCGCAAUGAAAUGCUUGAUGCUUUAAUGAAGCUUAGUGACAUCGACCCAAAGCUACUAAUGAAGAAAGUAAAGGCAAAUAUACACAUUUAUAGGAACAAGUCGGCUUAUGAGAGAUUGUCUGCUCACCUAGAAAAAAUAAUUUAAUUCAUAUUAAUAAUUUUUAUUGUACUUUGUUACCUAUAUUUGUGUGCGUGUCUCACCUUUGCGACAAGUCAAAGCCAUGGCUGCACAAGAGAGGCAAUUUCCAGCAGAUUAUUUUAUGUUCUAACCUAACAAGUACUCAGAAGAGUUGCGUUUAGAGUCUUUAGUACUUUUCCACUAGAGCUAAGUUAAGUUAUGAAAGUAAUGGGAUUAUGUUGGUGCCUUUCAUACCUAACUGGCAUAACAAUGUAGUGGACGAUCACCUCUAUCUGCUCAUACAAUAUGAAAAUCAGAUUUGUUGUGGGGGAAGCCACCACAUCAAUCGUCCUCUUAUACUUUAUUUUAUCUAAUAUUAUAAUGCGAUUGUUUGUGUUAAUGUCUUAGAAAUAAACUCAGAAACGGCUAAACAGAUUUGUAGGAAAUUUGACACAGGCAUAGUAUCCUGAAUUUUAAUACAUUGCACUGGCGUUGUACCGAUGGCGGUAUGCAUCGGACUUGUAAGAAAGAAAGUAAAACCAUUUAUUAGACUAAGUGGAAAAGGCUUUAAACGCGGGUGAAAUCACGAGCAACACAUAGUCUAAAAAUAAUUAUUCGUCUUGCUCUUCAUCUAUAGUAUUCUCAUUUAUAUGCGUUGUGUUUUGAGUUAUUGAAGCAAAAAGAGUAAUAAGGAUAUGUGUUUAUUUGGUUUCUACUCAGUCAAGCAAAUGCUUUGUUAAUUUACAGUUUAUGUUACAUAAUAUAAUAAAAUUGUUAUAAUAUUACACAAUACCUAUGUAUAUUUUAGGCGAAAAUAAAACAUUAUUAAAA